AUGUUGUUCCACGCAAAUGUGAAAAGUAGCUUCAAGACUGAAUUGAGAGUAGACUAUGAUCUACCAAAGAAGGGACCAGAUGGUAUACUUGGUAAUAUUCAAAUUGGCGCUGCGCAAUCAGGCCGUAAUGGGAACUCCGAUUCGUUCAAUCGGUGGAAAAAUGGCCGUGUAUCGGUUCCGCGGCAUCAUCCAGCACCAAUAUUUAUCAAGAAAUUGGAGCCGAUUCCUGAACCUACCGUAGAACCAAUUUAUGAAUUGCCUGCUACAGUCGUGACACAGGCGGUUCCAACUACAUCUCUCCCGGUGACUGCACGUAUACCCCUGCGACCUAUUUUACCCGCGAGACCUCUAUUGCCACAGAGACCCAUUUUGAGGCCUUGGCAAAGUCCAAGACCCAAUCGAGUGAACAUUCUUCCAAAUAAUGAAGAACGCAUUCCAGAACCUGUACCAGAGCCGAUACCGGAACGGAAACCCCAACCAAUUCCUCUACCAGAACCUGAACCUCAGCCCAUUCCUCUUCCCGAGCCUGAACCUCAACCCAUUCCUCUUCCCGAGCCUGAACCUCAGCCCAUUCCUCUUCCCGAACCUGAACCUCAGCCCAUUCCUCUUCCCGAACCUGAACCUCAGCCCAUUCCUCUACCAGUACUUGAACCUCAGCCAAUUCCUCUACCGAAACCUCAACCUCAGCCAAUUCCUGUACCAGAACCUAAACCUCAACCAAUUCCUCUCCCAAAUCAAAAUAUCCGAACACGGUGGCCUGUACCGCAUCCUGUUCCUCGCCCCAUUCCACAGCCCAUAAAGCCUGCACCUCCACCCAUCCCACUACCAACUCCAACCAGAGCUCCGAUAGUUACAACCUUACGUCCAUGGGUACCAAAACCUACGACGCCUGCCGUGUCGCCCUCGAAAUUACCGAUUCAACAAAUCCCUGAUAUAGUCGCCGAAGGAGUACCCGUUGAAUACAACUGUAUCCAAGACGGAUACUACAGCAUUAGCAACGAAUGUGACACUUACAUUAGAUGCAAGAAACGAGCAGCGCUGAAAUUCAUGUGUCCUGAUGGCCUCCACUUCAACCCUAACGCUAUAUGGGAAGAGUAUCCUUGUGCAUAUCCUUCAGAAGUCAGAUGCGAAAGCCGAGCGAAAAUGCAGGCGGCCCAACCCAGCGGGCAAUGCCCUCAUCAUUACGGUUACUUUCCAAUGAACGAUGGAGACUGCAGCCAGUACCUGAGUUGCCAAGAAGGUUUAGCUACGGUUAUGAAUUGCCCGCCCGGACUUGUCUUCAAUGCAGAGAAGAGCAGCUGCGACUGGCUUGCAAAUGUACCAUCCUGCAAACCAGCAAUCUUCCAAGGUUUUACGUGCCCUUCCACGCCGGUAGAUGAAUAUGGAGAACCAUAUGACUGGAUCUAUAAAUACAGAUACGGCCAGAGUUGUCAGGAGUAUGUCGCUUGUCAAGGAGGAUAUCCAAGAUUGUUGCGGUGCGACCUAGGCAUGUCCUUUGAUGAGGAGUCAGAGACCUGUGUUGAUUCAGAUUAUGUAGCAAAUUGUUCAAGAGAUUAAGAUAGUAACGUAACGUGAUAAUAAGUAUGAUUGUAACUCUCUAUUCUACUAUACUAUGCACUUUUUUUAAAUAAACUACUAAUUCA